AGUGUUAGAGCAGCAAGUCGCCUGCCUUGUUCAUUCGAAGACAGGUAGAAGAGGAAAGCACACAGAGAACUCAGCAGCGGGGGAACCCUUGGCAAGCGGAAUGAUCCUGAAGAACUGCGUGGGUUUGAUAACAGGCGCAUCACAAGGGCUGGGGAAGGCAUUUGCUGAAGCCUUGUUAAAGAAAGAAGCAAAGGUCGUGAUAUGUGAUAUCAAUCAUGCACAAGGUGUAGCUACUAAAGCAGAGUUUGAUCAGGGAUAUGGGCCUGAUAGAACUGCAUUUAUUCCCUGUGACGUCACAUCACUGUCCCAAAUGAAAGAUGUUUUUUGUGAAACGUUGCAGAUGUUUGGAAGACUGGAUGUACUGUGCAACAAUGCUGGGAUAAACAACGAAAAUUCCUGGAAAAAGACUAUUUCUGUCAACCUGGUGGCAUUGAUACAAGCAAGUUAUCUGGCUUUGGACCAUAUGAGGUGUGAUCGUGGUGGACAAGGUGGGAGCAUUGUGAACAUCGCUUCCAUGUCAGGUUUCAUACCAGCAGCGCAUUGUCCAGUGUACACUGCUUCAAAGCACGGAGUACUUGGCUUUACUCGAUCUCUUGCUGAAGCUUCUAGAUUUGGAAAUUAUGGGAUCCGAAUAAACGCUCUCUGCCCAAGCUUUGUCAACACUCCAAUUCUUGACACUAUAAACCAUGAAGAAAAUCUGGGAAAUUUUUAUCAAUUCAAGGACAGCGUCAAGGAUUCAAUAAAUAUCUUUGGAGUACUAGAACCAUCAGUUAUAGCCGAAGGUUUUAUACAACUACUUGAAGAUGACAGUUUGAAUGGAGCUGUAAUGAAAAUCACAACAACUAAGGGUGUUCAUUUUGAGAACUAUUAGCCAAGACCGUGCCUCUCAGCAGUGGGCUAAUCGUGACCCAAUUAGCCUAUUGGCCAGAAAUGGCUGUUUUCAAAGUUUCCUACACUGGUUCCAAGCUUACAUUCCUUGCUACUGCAGAAAAUUGGAAAAUUUUGAAAUAUAUGAAAAGGCAACUUAUGGUAUUCCAUGUAAAACCAUAAUAUAUAUGGGGGAAAGAUAAUAUGACCCUUUCUGACCGGAUUUUAAACAGUAUGUCAUUGUCAGCCAAUGCAAAUAAUAGAAAAUUGUUAUUUUUAAUCAAAAUUGUUACAAACAUUUGCACAAUGGUGAUCAUCAAUUGGAAUUGAUAUAGGAACAAUAAAUCUCUGUGUUGCCAGCCAACCAGCACAAUAACUCUUUAGUGGCAUUAAUCCAAGAAUGUUGGGAUCGUCAUUGUUUUUACUGGGGGAGGGCAGGGCCACGAUCGUUAAAUUCUCACUUCAUUCAACGACGGUAAUGAUGGAAUCGGGUCCAUCAUGGGCGGAAUCUUAAGGCCCCUGCCCCUGGUGGGAUUUUAUGGUCCCGCUGAAGUCAAUGGACUUUGGAACGACUUGCCGCGCUUUAUGGUCCUGCCACCACCACAAUGGGUCUGUAAAAUUCGGCCCAUGUCCCUGCUGGCCAUUUGAAAGAAUUAUCCAAUUAGCCCCACUCCUCUGCUAUCCCCAUAAAGGUGCAAACCUUUCCCCUUCAAGUGUUUAUUCAAUUUCCCUUUGGAAGUUAUUCUUAAAUCUAUCAAAGUCCCAGCUAAAGUAUGGUGUGUUUUGAGUUACACUGCAAGUCACUUAUUCCAGAAUUUCCUCUUUAUUUUGCACUGUUCAAGGGUUCCUACUGUGUAAACGUGUCAAAAGCAUUACUUGUUUGCAUAAUAACAUUGCUUAGGGCCAUUGUCAUAACUUUAUUCUUUUACUAGACAAAGAGAAAUGAGCAGUAAUAUUCAUGGACAUCCGUUAUGCACAGGCACCCAGAAUAUACAGGAGCAUAAAUUUUUCAAUUGAUAAUACCGCUUCAUGAAAACUAAUUUGAUAAUCUACCCUAUUUUCCAAUAUAGGCAAGCUCCCGUUAUACACAGGUUUUCAAUAUAUGCUGGUUGACAAUAUACUAUACUACUUGCUAUCUGCAUUUAUCUCAGUGUAUAUCGGUUGACAAUGUCUAUCCACUUGCUAUGUGGCAGAGUCUGCAGAUCGCACUUUGGACUUAUCAACCAACUCAGAAUCCAUUGAUAUAAAAACAAAAUUUUGCAGAUCCUGGAAAUCUGAAACAAAAACAGGCAAUGCUGAAAAAACUCAGCAGAUCUAGCAGCAUGUGUGGAGAGAGAGUCCGUAUGACCCUUCUUCAGAGAAUCCAUUGAAAUGGAGUGAAAACAAGUCAUCCUCGAGCUCAAGGGAUUGCCUUGCUAUGUGUUUCCCUCAGUAUAUACUGACUGGCAAUGUACAUACAAGUUUGUAAUAUCUAGGAAUCUUAUUUGUUUCUCUCUAUUUUGUUGGUUCCAUGGUAAUUAAUGCACCUUGAUAUCUUCCUCUCUUGCACUUUCUAUUUCAUUGAAUUCCAUACACUUCCUCCGUGCAGAGGAUUUCAGUAUACAGUUGCGCAACAAUGUAUAUAUUCCCUGUGUCUAGCCAUUGUCAAUAUAUAUUGGGUAACAAAGUAUGUACGCUCCAUGUAUAUAGAUCUUUCAAUAUAUAUAUAUACAUAUAUAGGGUAACAAUAUAUAUAUGCUCUCUGUAUAUAGAUGCAUUCAAUAUAUAUAUUGGGUAACAAUAUAUAUAUGCUCUCUGUAUAUUGAUGUUUUUAAUAUAUGUUGAGUUACUGUCAAGAAGAUGUAAUAAUUCUCA